AGGAGAAUUUUUUUAUAAUUGUUUUUCUGGUAAUGAAGUAUGGAUCAAAAGUUUUGCAGGAAAAAAUUCAACAUGAACUUCUUAAUAGCCCGGGUUUGAAAACAUUCUUAGAAGAAGAAAAACAUUCAAUAUUCCAUUUGACACUUCCAAAUUCUUAUCAAUGCUGCCUUUGUGACCUUCCUGACGAAAACAACAAAUAUGUAACAUUUCAACAAAAUUCCACGAAGUUAGCACGAGAAUUUUUAAAAGUUAUGUACUAUAAGAAGAAAAUUUUUUGUACCAACCGCGCCCUUAAUGUCCUCUGCUGUUGCUGUUUAGUUCCUGACCAUAAUGUGGAUAUCAGGACAUGGGACGUAACUUUGACAAGCUCCAUACUUUUGGACAUAUUACUCAAGGACUGCCAAUCAGACCAAAAUGAUAUUGUAGAUCUACGAGAAAUUCGCAACUCCACACUGCACAAAGGAAAUGCAUUGCUGUCUGGUGACAAGUACAUUGAAACAUUCAAGAACGCGUCAGAAAAAAUAAAGUCAAUUGCAAAGAAAUGUGGUGAUAAUUUCUAUCAGAUGAUAUGUGAUGACAUAAAUAAACUCGAAAGAAAUCGCCUCUACCCAUGGGAAUUAAAAGAAGCACAAGAACACUGGAGAGAAGCAAAAAAUACGUUGGUGAGCUUUUCAAAUACCUUGAAUGGAGUAGCUUCCAAGGUGGAAAUUGAAUUUAAAAACAUUGAAAGUUAUUCAAAGCAAUGCCUUCGAAAAAACGUUAAAUAUUUACAACCAGUAAUUGCAAUGAAUCGCAGUUUAAAACUUCUGCAGGAUAAUAAGUGCAUCUUCAUAACCGGGGAUGCAGGAUGUGGGAAAACAAGUUUUUGUCUGGGAUUGAUGUCUCGUAUGGAGGAAGAGCACUGUGAUUCCCAAGCAUUAAUCCUUAGAGACACUUGCGAUUUGAAAAAAUUGAAUAAUGCAAAAAAUUACAUCCUUUUCAUUGAUGAUAUUGUAGACAAAUCUGAUGCAGACGUGAACAGGUUUGAAAGUUGGAGCGCAAAUUUCGAUUAUUUAAAAGAGUUGAUAUCAAAUGAAAGUACUUUUAUUAUUUUAGCAUCCAGAAAUGGUGUUUGGCAUGCAAUGAGAGACAAAUUUGUUAAUUACGAUAUGUUUAAACUAGAUUCAAGUAAUGCACCAGUAAUAGAUCUUUCAGGGGAAGAUUAUAAAAUGAGUCCUAAUGAAAAAAUCAAAUUGUUAAAUUUUUUUCGUGAACGCAAUCGCCUUAAUCAUAAAAUAUGUCCCAGUGAAAAAACUAUCAAAAGUAUUGCUGAAAUGGACACACCGCCAGGAUUUUUAUUACUAUGUAAUGAAUUUUUCUCAGAUAUCUUAUCUUUACAGCAAGGUACAAAAUAUUUUAAAGUGACUGCUUGCAGUCGAAUUAAGAAUCAGGUAGAUAGAUUGUUGAUUAAUAAUCAAUACCUUCACUAUGGUAUACUUGUUUCAGUAUUUUUAAAUUAUUCUUUAUAUAAUAAAGAUAUAGGGUAUACAUAUAGGGAUAUAGAAAAAGGAAUUGAUACCAGGAUUGUUAAAGCUAAAGAAUUAAUACCAUCAAAAAUUAAAAGUUGUCUGGAAGGCAUAUUAAAAACUUUCAUAGAAUCCUCUGAUAAUGUUUACAGAUUUAAACAUUUAACUAUAUAUGAGGCUGUGUUGCUAUCAUUUCGAGAAAACUAUCCAGAAGUGUUUACUGAGCUGAUCCCCAAGGAAGUAUUAUAUAAUUAUGUACGAACCGAAAAUUACACAGCUAAAAAUCAUGAAGUCAUUGUCCGCUUUCCUUUUGAAAUGUUAGCUUGGAAACUGGUUAAAUUAUGUAAGGCUAACGCAGAGAAUUCAUACCCUGAUGCGCACGCACAUCCAUCAUUUCAUGACAAAGAACUGGUUCGCCAUUUCCUUAAUGAAGUUAGUGGGUAUAAAAAUGAAAUGUUAAGCUAUGAGACAAAUGACAUAUGUAAAUUUAAUUUUCAAUUUUUCAUAUCUGUUAUCAAAAUUUAUAUCCUUGAUACCUUCAGGCAUUUAAGUAACAAAAAUCAAUUGAAAAAUAUAUUUGUAACAAAAUUUCUAAAUCCCUUUGUAACUGGAGCAUGUGAAGAAAAAAAUGAUUAUUUAGCCUCUGAGACGAUUAAAAAAUUCUUUGACAUAUAUGAAUUUGGUUUUGAUGUUUUUGAAAUUGUUAUUAAAAAUGAUCUUAUUUAUACUUGUCAACAAUUUUUAAACAACAAGCUUUUUAAAAAAUUGUAUAAUAAAAAAUCAAGUGAUUAUAUAACAAAAGUUACCACUUAUGGCGCCAAAAAAUGCUUACGACAUAUGGAAGAAUUGCAUAAUAAAAAAACAAAUGAAACUGCUUAUUUUUUGUUUUGAUACCAUAUCAACAUUUUUUUCAAUCAGUACGGGGAUCAUAAUAUUAGGUCUCUUUUUACA